CUCUAGUCUCCCAUAAACCUUAAGUGUACUCGUGCUCUCAGAUGGCGAGCCUCCGAUGCCGCCGCGCGACGACGGUUCUCUCGAUCAACCAAACGCGCUCGAUCUCAUCAGUUCGUCGAUUAGAGCUUCCCGGGACCAGCAUUACUCAUGGCAUCCCAUCUCAGAAUCGAUCUCUCACUAGCGAUUUGCCAUGGUAUCGCUCCCAAGGUCGACAUUUCUCCUCGGAAACGAAGGACACCAAUGAAAGCAGCGAAGGAGAAGAUGAUGAUGAUGACUACGAGGAAGUAGAGAGGGAGUAUUCACCGGCGGAGAAAGUAGAGGCGGCUGCGGAGAUUGGGUAUAAGGUGAUGGGUCCUCUUAAAUCGUCGGAGAGAUUAUUCAAACCCUAUGAGCCAGUGUUUGCCGUUGUUCAGAUUGGUUCGCAUCAGUUCAAAGUAAGCAACGGAGACUCCAUUUUCACAGAGAAGUUGAAGUUCUGUGACAUCAAUGAUAAGUUGGUACUGACCAAGGUUCUUCUAUUGGGCUCGGCAAGCCAGACGAUUAUUGGGAGGCCUAUCUUGCCUGAUGCCACUGUUCAUGCUCUUGUGGAAGAGCAUGCAUUGGAUGAGAAAGUGCUCAUUUUCAAAAAGAAGCGAAGGAAGAAUUACAGGAGAACCACAGGACAUCGACAAGUAUAAUUCACAACUCCCUUAUUUGCUUUGAAUUAACUAAGUUGAGAAUAACGGAUAUACAAGGAAUUGAGAAACCAGAACCGAAGAUUGUCCAUAAGCCUUCCAAGGCAGCUGAUACUUUUUGCUUAAAGAGACGAAUUGCUUUUUGCUGUUGUUUCUGAUGCCCAGGAAUUAACUAAGUUGCUUAAAGAGACGAAUUGCUUUUUGCUGUUGUUUCUGAUGCCCAAUACUUUGAAGUAAGUUCACCUUUCUUUGAAGUUAGUAGAACUAGUCUCUGAAAAGACAAAAAAGGCCUUUUUGCUAGUUAGUAGUGUAAUCUCUAACGUGAUCUUGUUUCUACUGGAACUGCUGGCUCAGGCUUUUGAUACUGUUUGUUUUUCUGUUUCAGAAUUCACAAAUAAAGAUUUGCGGAAAAUUAUGCUUUUUGUUUUGUAA